AUGGGCGGUUCACACAGUCGUGAAGGCCUCGAACUCUCCGACUCGGAAUAUUCCGGCGAGGAUGAAUCAGAAGAGGAGAGUUCGGGAAAUUUCGCCGAUGCAGAAGAUCAUACUCCAAAUAGGAAUAGUAAGGUUCGUGCCGAAACCACGGAUGUAAUCGAUUCUAGGCUCCAAUCCUUGAAACUGAAAUAUCCAAAAAACCCUUCCUCUUCCCCACUAACUCACAACGCCAAUAUAAAAAACGCCGUUAAGCUUUAUCUUCACAUCGGUGGCAACACUCCGAAGGCGAGAUGGGUAGUUUCGGAGAAGUUGACUUUUUGUAAAUUUGUUAAAAAAGUUGGUAAUGAUGAUGAUGGGGAUGACGAGGAGGAAGGAUUGGGUAGUAGGGAGGGGUUCUGGGUUUUGAAAGUUGGGGAGAAAAUCAAGGCUAAGGUUACAACCGAUUUGCAGAUGAAAUUCCUUGGGGAUCAGCGGAGGGUAGAUUUUGUGGAUGGUGGGGUUUGGGCUUUAAAAUUUCUGAAAGAUGAGGAGUAUAGGAAUUUUGUCACAAAAUUUCAGGACUGUUUGUUUGAGAAUGUUUAUGGGUUGAGAGCUACAGAGGAAAAUAAAAUGAAAAUUUAUGGUAAAGACUUUAUUGGAUGGGCGAAACCAGAGCAGUCAGACGAUUCGAUGUGGGAGGAUGCAGAUGAUGGGGUGUGGAAGAAUCCUGGGAAUACUACAGAGGGUUUGUCAGAAAGAGGGAAUCAAGAUUUAUUGGAGGAAUUCGAGGAGGCCGCAACUGAUGGGGGUAUUCAGAGCUUGACCUUAGGAGCAUUGGAUAAUAGUUUCUUAGUUAGCAAUUCGGGGGUUCAGGUUGUGAAGAAUUUUAGCCAUGGGAUUCAUGGUAAAGGUGUGCAUGUGAAGUUUGAUGGUGGGAAAUUGGGGUCCACGUCAGGGCAUUCUGGGACACCCAAGAAGGCGCUCUUGUUGAGGGGAGAGACAAAUAUGAUGCUCAUGAGUCCGUUGAAGCAAGGGAAGCCCCAUUCUACAGGGCUUCACCAGUUGGAUAUUGAGACAGGGAAGAUUGUCACUGAAUGGAAGUUUGAGAAGGAUGGGACUGAGAUUAUGAUGAAAGACAUUACCAGUGAUGCAAAGGGGUCACAAUUGGACCCUUCUGAGUCCACAUUCUUGGGAUUAGAUGAUAAUAGAUUGUGUCAGUGGGAUAUGCGCGAGAAACAGGGAAUGGUUCAGAAGAUAGCAAGUGCAGGUUCACCAGUGUUGCAUUGGACCCAAGGCCAUCAAUUCUCCAAAGGAACGAAUUUUCACUGUUUUGCCACGACUGGAGAUGGAUCAACCACUUGA